CUAAUGAACUCAAGACCAAUGUGGGAUAAUCCACCAAGAUCAAUCAAUAAUAACAUCAACAACACUGUUAUUGGACAGGGUACAGGCAGCUUGUCAUCUAGCACUGGUGACUCGGGUGGUGGCGGCGGCGGCGGAGGAGGCGGUGCAAUCAGAAAGGAGAUAAGAACAUAUGAAAUAGAUAUCGACAAUAAACUCAGUGCAUUGUCAUCACUCAAUGACAAAGUGUUGAGAGAGAGCAACAAUGAUACACUAGCCGACAACAAGAUAGAGUUUGAUGUCCUUACCUCAGAGCUUGACAUUAAGUUUAAGAAUGUAUACAAGAAGGGAGGCGAUACAGAGAUACCAAUGAACAACCUACUUCGUGAACAAGAAUCAUUACUUAAUUCAAACUCUGCCGUUGACUCAAUACUAGGACAAGCGAGACAGGCCCACGAGGAACUUGAAAAUCAAAGGAGGAUACUCAGAGGUACCAGUGGCAAGAUCAAUACAAUGCCAAACUUGUUCCAAACGAUUGACACGGUCACCAAUAGGAUCAAGAGGAUGAAAAAUAGGAACCUGAUGGUUAUUGGAGGUCUGAUUGGAGUGUGUAUAUGUUUCAUUAUUUAUUAUUCA